AUUGGGCCGGGGAGCGGGCACGGGCAGCGAGCCUCGCUGGUUUUCCCGAGGUGGUCCUUUCUUGUUUCUUUGUUGCCUUUUCCGGUUUGGUUCUGGGGUGCGGAGGCGGAGCGGUGGGCUUGGGCAGGGAUGAGGGGGUGGGGGCAGGUCUCGCCGUAACCCCCCCUCCCUUUUUUAUUUUUUAUUUAUUUUUUUUUGUUUUUUUCCCCCUUUUAUUUUUUGUGGGCAUCUUGCACUGUUUUCGCCUUGGGGGUUCCGCCUGGCUCGGUGGUUGGCGGUCCAGACCGGAGACCCGGGGCCGCGGGUUCCUGUCAGCCGAGUCUCUGAGGAGAGCGGCGCGGGCUGCGGUGCGGGGAGGGUGCCGGGCUCCCAGGAAGUUUAAGAGAGAAGAGAGCACCGCCAGUCCGCUCGGGCCUGUGGACGGGGGCGUCGUGGUGCGGACCUCCGCGGGGACGCGGGUGCGGGUUUGCCUCCGUGCCCGGCGCGGCCCGGCGCGGGGGGCUGUCGGGGGCUGCGUUUUGGUGACAGAAAGGCUCGCCUGGGGAGGCAGGGGCGACGCCCCCUUCAGGUGUCGGCCUGGCCUCGCCCCUCUCCCCGGCCGGAGGCGAGGCCGCGCGUGCUGGGACGCCUGGGUGGCUGCAGGGGACGCUGGAUUCUCCGGGGUUCCUUUCUGCUCGUGUGUCUUAAGCUCAAAACCAGUGCCAUUUGGAACUCUAUUCAGUUCGUAGGGGACAGUCUUGCUUGAAGCUUGUGAGUUCCAGUCCAAGUUAGGAAAAUAUUUUUCUCUCUAUGUAGAAAGUUCUACAGACAUAAAAACCCGUCUUUGUUUUUCAGCUGAGAGCCUUCGUAUGCUUCAGUUACAUCGAAUUUCUUUCUGUAAGCUGAUGGAAGUUUGUGUGUGAAGGUUGUUGGUUUUAGACCUUGACCACCACUUGAAAGACGGCCAUGGUGGUACACCAGAAUCUUAGCUUUUUGCUACGAUGGUGUAGUCGUGAGAAGACUUAGUAUAUUUAAGAUUUAGAAAUUUAGUGCUUAGGAAAAAAGUAGGAGGUUAAAAUUACAUUCUCUAACAUUACAAAAAUUGUCCAGCUAAGAGAAUACAGCUUGAUGUGAGACUUAGGGUUUUUUCCUCCAGUCACAAAGCACAAAAAACAGCCUGUGUUUGGAGGGGGAAAAAAACUUGUUACAGUUAUGAAUGAAGAAAACACUUUCCAUUAUUUGUGAUAUUUAAUGAUUUUUAAUUUCCAUAUAUUGGGUGUUUUGUGUGCCACCAAACAAGCUAAUUUUUUUCCCACUAUUUUAGUUGAUAGGCUCAUCCCAAAAUAUGCUUUUUGGGACUGAUCUAGAACCUGCAUAUUCUGCGUGAAUAUCUUUAAUUGAUUGCAGUUGAGCUAGAUGGUGCAGCCAAAAUGCUAUUGCCUUGUCUUCAGCAACAUUUAAUCACACUAUUUCUUCACAAAGUUUACAGAGGCCCAAAUCCCCAGGAACCUGGAACCAUAGUCCAAAGCAUUCUGCCUCAAGUGUGAAGUCUCCGUUUUCUUAACUUUGAAUAAAAUUGGUAGUCUUAAUGAUGUUAACUCUGGCCUUGUCUGCUUUUUUUCCCUCCCUCCCUGCCUUCCUUCCUUCAGUUACAGAGAGAUAAAGAGAAAAGAGAUCUGUCCACUGGUUCAGUCCCCAAAUGGCCACAAUAGCCACUACUGGGCCAGGCUGGAGCCAGGAGCCAGUAGCUCCAUCUCAGUCUGCCAUGUGGGUGGCAAAGGCUCAAGUACUUUGGCCAUCUUCUGCUGCUUUCCCAGGUGCAUUAGCAGGGAGGGAACUGAAUCAGAAGUGGAGCAGCCAGGACUUGAACUGGUGGUGGUACAAGAUGCUGGCAUCUCAGGAGAUGGCUAAUUCACUUCACCACCCAUGUUCAGCAAAUAAGAAUUGUUGUCAGUUACUUACCACUAAGAUUUUCUGUUUAGCAGACUUUGAUUCUUUCAGAAUAAAAAUACCUUAACAGAUCUUUCAAAUUCUUUCAUAUACAUUAUUAAGGCAUUGCUUAUGUGCAGUGGCAGGUAUAUUGAUCAGUGUGCAAUGUUUUCAGUAGUAUAACCUCAACAAAAUGUAUAAAUAAUUAGUUGUUAAAUAAAUGCUAUGACCCACUGAAUAUGUGGACCAAGUGGAUUGGAAAAUGCUUCUUAUAGUGAGAACUUUAUUUAUAAAUUUAUAAAUUAAAUUUAUAAGAGAUAAUAGUGUGAUCUCAGUGUUUAAAAAUAUAGGUAAAAGGUUGGGAGGUAAUCACAAGAAUAUCGGGUAUAGAUAAUUUUUCUUACUUUGUUAGAAAAUACAUCUGAAAAUUCCAUAUGUCCUUAUUGUCUUAUUAGUUGAAUUAUGUCAGAGACUACCUGUUAGCCAGUUGUUUGUCAACCUUUAAUUCACCCAGUAAAACUGUGAAAAACAUUCUGUAGUUUGCUAGGUUUCCCAUUAUAAGAAAAUCUUACAGCACUGAAUUUUUUUCAUACCAUAUAGUCUCAUCCAGUCUUCCAGUUUAGUAUCAUGACCCUGAAGCAGUUAGGAUCUGCACAUGCUAGAUCCUGUGAUUCUCCUUAUCAUCACUAAUAGUAUCUGUUCUACAUUUGUGCUAGUGUUCUGCUUGGGAAAAGAUAAGAAUCUGGUUAUACAAUUAAGGCCCCCCCCCCAAAGUAUCAAGAAAUGCAACUUCUUUAUUUUGUUUUUAGAGGUUAUUCAGCACUUAGUUACCCAGAAAGUCAGGACAAUAUAUUGGCUCAGUGGAUGGAAAUACCACCUAAGCUAAUCUGUUGAAAAAGAACUUUACAUCAGUGCUAGAAUGGAGAGUAUCAUGAAUGACUCAUUUCUUUAUUUAAACCAUAUUAAAAAAUAGGUCCAAGAGUUAUUUCAUUAUACUUGUCCCUUUUUAUUCUAGGUUAUUAAAUAGGAUCAUUUUGUUCAUUGGGAGUUAUUAAUGAAAACAAAAUGUAUUUUUAAUAUAAAUAUACAAGCUCCAUUAUAAGUUGGUGUUGUGCCACAUUUCAGGAAUCUUUUCUUAAAUUUGUUGGGAUUUUAUUGCUAUUUAAAGAUACUCAUCAAAUGAUGGGACAUGGUAAAAUACCACUUCUCCAAUUAAAAUGGCUAUUAAAAUUUAUUUUUCUUCCAUUUUGUCUUUUCAUUUUUAGUGUUAAUGGUGCAUAUAAACAACCUAUUACAAAGGAGGAAGCCAAAAUCAAAAUGGGCUGUUUUAUUUAUUUACACCAGAAAUUUGUUGGCAGAGUUGGAGGGCUUCAUUACAUUUCCCUGAUAAACAAGUGGGGAAGAGUUCAAGAAGUUGUUCCUAUUCUUAUAAGCUGAUUUAUUCCUGAACAUUUCUCAGUCUAACAUCAGAUGUAGUCUUCCAAGUAACAAAUGUCUUGGCCCCACUUGAUCUCUCAUUCUACACAGUUUCAAAACUAAAGCUUUUGAAAGAAGCACCUGUGGAUUUUUCCAACAAUUCUGUGUAUGCCAGUAGAGCUUCUAUCCCCUAUAUGAAAACUUCCUAAGGUCAUGCCAGUUGUUUUCUAUUGUGCCACAUCAUACUAUCAGCUUUUGAUGCAGUUGACUACUUAAUGCUCACGAAAAACACUCAGAUUUUUCAGUUAACACUUAGUUUCCUUCCUAUAUAACAUUAGCUAGUCCUCCUUAGUUUCCUUUGUUUUCCUCUUGACGUCUGAAAGUACUAAAAAUAAUCCAGGCUGUCUUCUGUAAUCUCUAGAUAUUCUUUCAAAAUAAUUUGUAUGCCAUUAACUCAAGUAUAGAUCUAAUACUGAUCUGUUGAGAUCAACUCGUGUCUAUCAACUUGACAUCUUCAUUCAGUUGCCUGUAUCUUAUAUUUCAUUACUGAUAUUGGUAUUAAUUUUUACAUUAAAUUUAUACCUUGAUUUAAGUGCCUCAAAACUUUGUCAGCUAUUCAAGCCCAGAGAUGAGGCAUCAUCAUUUUUUUUUUUUUUAAGAUUGAUUUAUUUUACUUGCAAGUCAAAGUUACACAGAGGAGAGAAGCGGCAGAGAGAGAAAGAGAGGUCUUCCCUCUGAUGGUUUCACUCCCCAGUUCGCCGCAACAGCCGGAGCUAUGCCAGUCGGAAGCCGGGAGCCAGGUGCUUCCUCCAGGUCUCCCACGCGGGUGCAGGGGCCCCAGGAUUUGGGCCAUCUUCUGCUUUCCCAGGCCACAGCAGAGAGCUGGACAGAAGGUGGAGCAGCCACCCAUAUGGGACUUCAGGCCAGGGCGUUAACCCGCUGUGCCACAGUGCCAGCCCUAAGGAAUCAUCUUGAAACAGGUUCUGCACACAGUCACUAUCAUAUCUUCAUUCAAGUCCUGCCUCCAAAUUCCAACCUCUGUCCAGCCUCUUUGCUUCCACUUUUCUAAACUAUAAGAGAUGUCUUAGACCUCAGAUAUUUAUGUCUUAGUCCCUUACACAUUAUAGUCCCUUACACAUUAUAUGUACAGCAGUCUGAGUGUUCUGUUAACAACGUAAUUUGUAUUCCACCGUUUAAAAUCCUCCAUGAGGGCCGGCGCCGCGGCUCCCUAGGCUAAUCCUCCGCCUAGCGGCGCCGGCACACCGGGUUCUAGUCCCGGUCGGGGCGCCGGAUUCUGUCCCAGUUGCCCCUCUUCCAGGCCAGCUCUCUGCUGUGGCCAGGAGUGCAGUGGAGGAUGGCCCAGGUGCUUGGGCCCUGCACCCCAUGGGAGACCAGGAGAAGCACCUGGCUCCUGCCAGAUCAGCGUGGUACGCCGGCCGCGGCGGCCAUUGGAGGGUGAACCAACGGCAAAGGAAGACCUUUGUCUCUCUCUCUCUCUCACUGUCCACUCUGCCUGUCAAAAAAAAAAAAAAAAAAAAAAUCCUCCAUGAAUGUUGAGGCCUUUUAGUAUCUGUCCCUGUGCUCACCUUCCCUCAUGCUCAAAAGCCUUUGCCAUUCUGGUUGCCUUUUUCCCUUCCAGCAGGCCAAAUCAGGUCCAGCAUAGGGACUGUGCUGUUCUCCGCAGUAGUGUAUCAUCGUUUUGUGGUUGACAGUGUAAAAAUAGCCACUAAUCAUACAGUUCUGUGUUUAAUUUGCAAAGCAAUGUAGAAUUAUUUACCAAACUCUCACUAGGGUUUCAGAACUUGUAAAAGGAGCCCAGAUUGCUGACUUAAAGCUGUACAUUUCAUGAGAUCACCUCUAAUGAAUGUAAGUUGUCCUGGAUGAAAUGGUUUCUUUCAUCUAACUUCUUCAGACCCCUUUUCCGUUAUACUUAGAAUAUCGGCCGACGCCGUGGCUCAAUAGGCUAAUCCUCCGCCUGCGGUGGCGGCACCCCAGGUUCUAGUCCUGGUCGCUCCUCUUCCUGCUAGCUCUCUGCUAUGGCCUGGGACUGCAGUGGAGGAUGACCCAAGUCCUUGGACCCUGCACCUGCAUGGGAGACCAGGAGAAGCUCCUGGCUUCAGAUCAGCACGGUGCACCGGCUGCAGCAGCCAUUGGGGGGGUAAACUAACGGAAAAGGAAGACCUUUCUUUCUGUGUCUCACUGUCCACUCUACCUGUCAAAAAAAUUUUUAAAAAAAUAAAGAAUAUCAGCAUAUCUUUUCAAAUCUACCUUUAGUUUUUCUUUUUUCCAAAAUGUUAGAUUUUAGGUCCUCAUGAUAAUGCCAAGCGAGUAACCAUUUUGCACCUAUCAGAUGAACAGGUGUUUUGUUUUUUGCUUGAAAAUUUCUUUUCAGGUCAGCAUCCUCUAGUUCACUCCCCAAAUUUCUACAGCUGCUGUAGCUGGACCAGUCUGAAGGCAUGAGCCAAGAAAAACUUCUGGGUCUCCCACAUGGGUACAGGGGUCCAAGCACUUGAGCCAUCUGCUGCUGCUUUCCCAGGCCAUUAGCAGGGAGCCAGAUUAGAAGUGGAGCAGCCAGGACUCGAACUGGCACCUAUAUGGGAUGCCACCAUUGCAGGCAGCAUCUUUGCCAAUAUGCAACAAUGCUUAAUUUCUUUAAGAAAAUUUAAAAUUGGGGGCAACAAAAAUGCCCAGCAAUAGGGAUUUAUGAAUAUUGUCAACGUUCAAUGCAGCAUGAUACAAAAGUCUUGUAUUAAAUGUCUAAGGUGAUUUCCUUAAUACUUUUCAAUGUGAGUCGACUCUAAAAAGCAGUAUAUAAAUUUGCACAUAAACUGUAGCCUCACACAGUAAAGGAUAAAAUCAAAGGGAGCUAUGCAAGAGAAUGAAAAUGCAUGCUCAUUUUUGUUUAUGGAUUUUAAUCUUUUACAUUUCCCCAUGUUUUGCAGUAGAUAUUACUAACCAGCUUUAUUUUUUAAUGUAGUAAAUUCAGAAAUGAGAGAAGUAUGAAAUCUGAUAUCUAACUUGAGGUUUUUCUGGCAAGAUGUAUACCUUUUCCAUUGCAGAUUUAUAUAUAUGCAGCAGUUCUCAGUAUUGAACUACCCUGGAGUGGUGUGGAGGGAUGUUGCAAAAAUGGAAACUUUAAUCAUUUUUGUUGAAACAUCCCUUAGGAACCUCAAAACCUAUACUUUUUCAGUUCUUUGGUUGAACUUUGCCCUGACAAUGAGAAACCCAUUGAAAGAAGCCUUUGAAAAUGUAGUCAUUUCAAAUUUCUUAAGAUUUCACAUCAUAUUCAAGAACUUGGUUGUAAUAUACCUUUUCGUGCCUGAUUGUUUAUAAAGCUUGUUUUCCACAGAUCCCUAGUAGGGUUGUUCACCUCAAAAUGAUUUCUGAGUGAAUAAAUAAUGUAUACUUUUUAAUGCUUUAAGAGGAAAUGUAGCAUUAAAAAGAAGUUGAUAAAAAUUAUAAAGAAACUAUAGUUAUUUGUAACAUGUAAGAUGGCAUAGUUGACAUACAUAACCAGGUCAUCUUGCCUAAUGGUUCCAAGGUCUACUUCAUAGAAGCACUAGCAUAGCUUAGCCUAUUUUUUCAGAGAAUGACUACCUGGUGAAAGACAGCUUGGGUUGCAAGGAACUGGCCGUUAACCUAGUACACGAUUGCAGUUCUAUCCUUCAUUCAUUACAGAAUACUUGCGCAGGCUAAUUUCCAAAAGGUCUAAUUAAAAGGACUCUGGUUUUGUCUUAUUCUUCUAGAAUGGAGACUUCAUGGAAGCUUGAGAGUGUCAUCACAAUACACAUUGCCAGCACUCAGUUUUUGCUCUUAUUAAACCUUAUUGCAUAAUGCUAUUAUUUUUUCAGGGUUUGUACAGAUAGGAACAUGGGGGAGAAACAGUUGGGAUAACAUGAAAGUGAUGCUGGUGGCUAAGAGAAGGCGACUUGGUUCUGUGGGAAGGGCUGUACCUGCUCCAUCCGUUGUCUAGAUUUGAGUAUGAGCACAGUUGAAGAGGAUUCUGACACAGUAACAGUAGAAACUGUGAACUCUGUGACUUUGACUCAGGAUCCAGAAGGGAACCUCAUUCUUCAUUGCCCUCAGAAUGAAGCUGAUGAAAUAGACUCAGAAGAUAGUACUGAACCUCCGCAUAAGAGACUUUGUUUGUCCUCUGAGGAUGAUCAGAGUAUUGAUGAUUCUGCUCCUUGCAUAUCAGUUGUUGCACUUCCACUUUCAGAAAAUGAUCAGAGCUUUGAGGUGACCAUGACUGCAACUACAGAGGUGGCAGAUGAUGAAAUCACUGAAGGGACUGUGACACAGAUCCAGAUUUUACAGAAUGAGCAACUAGAUGAAAUAUCUCCCUUGGGUAACGAGGAAGUUUCAGCAGUUAGCCAAGCAUGGUUUACCACUAAAGAAGAUAAGGACUCUCUGACUAACAAAGGGCAUAAAUGGAAGCAGGGGAUGUGGUCCAAGGAAGAAAUCGAUAUUUUGAUGAACAAUAUUGAACGAUAUCUGAAGGCACGCGGAAUAAAAGAUGCCACAGAAAUCAUCUUUGAGAUGUCAAAAGACGAAAGAAAAGAUUUCUACAGGACUAUAGCAUGGGGUCUGAACCGGCCUUUGUUUGCAGUUUAUAGAAGAGUGCUUCGCAUGUAUGAUGACAGAAACCAUGUGGGAAAAUAUACACCUGAAGAAAUUGAGAAGCUCAAGGAGCUCCGGAUAAAGCAUGGCAAUGACUGGGCAACAAUAGGGGCGGCGCUAGGAAGAAGUGCAUCUUCCGUCAAAGAUCGGUGCCGACUGAUGAAGGAUACUUGCAACACAGGGAAGUGGACAGAAGAAGAAGAAAAGAGACUUGCAGAGGUGGUCCAUGAAUUGACGAGCACUGAACCUGGCGAUAUAGUUACACAGGGUGUGUCAUGGGCAGCCGUGGCUGAACGAGUGGGUACUCGCUCAGAAAAACAGUGUCGCUCUAAAUGGCUCAACUACCUGAACUGGAAACAGAGUGGGGGUACUGAAUGGACCAAGGAAGAUGAAAUCAAUCUCAUCCUCAGGAUAGCGGAGCUUGAUGUGGCUGAUGAAAAUGACAUAAACUGGGAUCUAUUAGCUGAGGGAUGGAGCAGUGUCCGUUCACCACAGUGGCUUCGAAGCAAAUGGUGGACCAUCAAAAGGCAAAUUGCAAACCAUAAGGAUGUUUCAUUCCCUGUCCUAAUAAAAGGUCUUAAACAGUUACAUGAAAACCAAAAAAACAACCCAACGCUUUUGGAGAAUAAAUCAGGAUCCGCAGUUCCCAACAGUAAUUCCAGUUCCAGUGUACAGCAUGUUCAGAUCAGAGUCGCCCGCCUGGAUGAUAAUGCAGCCAUCUCUCCAGGUCCCAUGACAGCGUUGCAGAUUCCAGUCCAGAUCACCCAUGUCUCUUCAACAGACUCCCCUGCUGCUACUGUUGACUCAGAAACAAUAACACUAAACAGUGGAACACUACAGACAUUUGAGAUUCUUCCAUCUUUCCAUUUACAGCCCACUGGCACUCCAGGCACCUACCUACUUCAGACAAGCUCAAGUCAAGGCCUUCCCUUGACUCUGACCGCUAGUCCCACAGUAACCCUGACAGCUGCUGCUCCUGCUUCUCCUGAACAGAUCAUCGUUCAUGCUUUAUCCCCAGAGCAUUUGUUGAACACAAGUGACAAUGUCACACUACAGUGUCACACGCCAAGAGUCAUCAUUCAGACUGUUGCUACCGAGGACCUAGCUUCUUCCAUAUCCCAAACAGAACUGACAGUAGAUGGUGAUAUUCAGUCAUCUGAUUUUCCUGAGCCUCCAGAUGCACUAGAAGCAGACACCUUCCCUGAUGAAAUCCAUCAGCCUAAAAUGACUGUGGAGCCGUCAUUUAAUGAUGGUCACGUAUCCAAAUUCAGUGACCAAAAUAGCACAGAACUGAUGAACAGUGUUAUGGUCAGAACAGAAGAAAUCUUGGACACCGACCUUAAACAGGAGGAGGAAUCUCCCUCUCACUUAGCCAGUGCGUAUGUUACUGAGGAUUUAGAGUCUCCCACCAUAGAACAAGUUGAUCAAACAACAAUUGAUGAUGAAACAAUACUUAUUGUUCCUUCACCACAUGGCUUUAUCCAGGCAUCUGAUGCGAUAGAUACAGAAUGUGUCUUGCCUUUGACAACACUAACAGAUCCCAUACUGCAUCAUCAUCAGGAAGAAUCAAAUAUCAUUGGAUCAUCUCUGGGCAGUCCUGUUUCAGAAGACUCAAAGGAUGUUGAGGAUUUGGUAAACUGUCAUUAGGUAAUUCUUAGAAACAGAUAGUUGAAGCAAAGAAGCUACACUGUCAAUUACCAUAUCUUUAAAGGAGCAGGAGCAACUCCCACAAGGCUUCAUACACCAUUCCUCUGGCUUUUCAAUAGCUACAGUGCUUAAGCCAUGCACACUGUUGCUGCUGUGACCUUUUUACCUCCUUUAAAUGUACCAUCUGAGGUCUGGUUUUAUGACAGUGUGUAAGCUGGAGUAUGUGAGUCUUAACUGCACAGAUUCCCAUGUUUAUUAAGAGGGAAUUUCAUUUACUCAGCUCCUGAGAAAAGUUUCUCACCAGAGCUUAACUGCUCUGGUUUAAAAGCAGUAAGGGCACUCUAUCCAGCUUCAAAGUAAGCCUGGUUGUAUGUUGGAGAACUCAUUAUCAACAUGGUCUGGAACUUACUAUUAGCUUGAUAUUAGACCAGCAAUCAAAUACAGAAACCUAGGAGGUGACUGUAUGGCAGUUAUUAGCCCAUUGCUGGCAGUGGGAGCUGGUUUAGGCAGGGUAUAGAGGAAAGCAUUAAAGAGUCAAGAAAAUUCACUACACGUUUUUAUUACUUUUAAAACAAAUAUGGGUAAGAGUAGUUAACAAACCCACCGGAAACUUAGCAGUUUCCAGCCCCUGCUAAGAAACCACUGUUAUUAGUUCAAAAAGUAAUUUUACCACUUUGAAGUAAAACUAAAUUAAAUGGGGGAGAGAAGUAAUGUUGCCUGUCCUUGAUACCAUGACUGUUUAUUAUUACUUGUUUUGCUAUAUAAAUUACCCCUGAAAAUAGGUGGGGGUGGGCACUAGAGUUUACAAUUAAUUUAGUGCAUUAACUGGUUGGGAGUAUGGUAUAACUUCUCCCUCUCAGGCAGUUUCAAAACACAAAAUUUGCUUCUAUUAACAAAAGGAAACAAAGCAAGAGUCAUUCCUACACUAGAAAAAAGUUAAGCCAAAUUAGCCUCUAGGGCUUUAAUGAGUAUGACCCCUAUAGAAAAGUCACAAAAAUCUUGUAUAAAUUAUUUUAUUUAUUAUUGUAAUUAGAUCUUCACAAUCAAAGUUGUCUUUUCACCGUCUGUGUUUUGUUAAUGUGAAAUUGUAGUUUAAGCAAAAGUUGGUUGCCUAGGGAACAAUAAUUGUAUAUUCAGUUUAACAGAAAUAAAAGAAUAUUUGUCCUAAAAAUGA